AGGUUUUCGAAAGCACGCAAAUUUUCUACUCCCAAAAGAAAGCUUUCUCUGAUGAGUUUCACUACAGACGCAAGCAAAUACGUAAACGAUCAUACGGUUGAGGUAGCAUGGGCGAUGAAAGCAUAUGAACAUGCUGAGAUAUAUUUUAAUCUCAUAUCUUCAAUCAAUUGCUCAGAUCUCAAUUUUACAAGCUGUGACAAUGAGAUUUAUGAUAAAUUUAAAAGAGAAAUGAAAGACCUCAAGAUUGAUAAUUUAAACCUUGAUGAUCUUAAGACAGCGGAAUCAAAAGAUAAAUGGAGACCCUUUUGUGAAUGUUUCAAAGGUUUGGUGGAAGAUUAUAACUUUGGGACAUUACUAAGAAUUGAUUCUUCAAAAGGAAUUUCUGAUGAUAACACAACAUUGGUACCGAGGAUCCAAUUCUGGGCCAUUGAAAUUGCAAGAAAUCGUGAAGGACUCAACAAACAGUUGUUAAGCAAACACAAAAGCUAAAAUAUAUACCAGUUGCUUUGUU